UGUCUAUGACAAAGGUGUGAGAGAGCGGACACUCGCACACACGCACUGCCCGGUGUUCUCAAGACUGAGUUCACACUGUGCGGGAGAGCACGUCGCCAAUUUGCCAUCCACGCGCACACACACCACAUCAACUGCAACCUGCCCAGAAGGAGAGAAGAGGUGGUAGCACACACCUCAGCUGCAAUCACAGAGAUGGAAACAGCAGCAUUGCGGUACUGACUAGCUGUGGUUGCUUUUUGAAGGAAACUAACUUCGGGAGAGAAACUUAACUUCUUCCCCACAGCGAAUCGCCUGAGUCACGCAGAGCGUCGUUUCCGGCUCCCUGUCUGUCUUAGUAUGUGCAGGGGAAACUCUGCUUCGCCGCCGGUGACGCUCACCAAAAACUCUCUCAUCGUCUGAAUUUAGAGAGGAUAGAGUCUUAAUUAAGCUGUACAAUGCGUUCAGAUAGCAGUUAACGAAACAGCCGUGACAUUUUAAUACGCAGCAAACCAGAUGCGAACUCUCACAUUCACCUGGAGAUUUGCUGCAUUCGCGAUGAUCGUGACUACGAGACACUGAGCAGCUGUAUCCCUCCUCUCUCUCUUGUCUUUUUCUCUCUCUCGCUCUCUCUUUGCGGGUUCACUACAAGGCUACCAGCCAUUUAGCCAUUUCGGCAGUGCAAUGGAGCAGCUCAGAUUCAGCACCUUGGACACCGCUGGAGUUCUACUGUGUUUGUUCGCGAUCCUGGUCCGGUUUACGGUCACCGCCGAGCAGGAGGGAGAGAACCUCUCUGGUCUGUCCACCAACCCGGAUAAAGACAUAUUCGUGGUCCGAGAGAACGGGACCACCUGCCUCAUGGUCGAGUUCGCUGUCCGCUUCACGGUCCCCUUCGAUGUCCUCGCACUCAACGGAAUAGAUCUUAUCACGGAGAAUGCGUAUCUGGCUCUGCCUCGCGGGGCAGACAUAGAGGGGAAAUGCGGGAGCCAGGACGCCCAUAUACACAUCUCGUGGAAUGAUAACGCCUACACACUCCGCAUCUACUUCGUCAAGGAAAUCAGUGGCAAGGGACAUGUGUGGAAAAUUAGCAAGGUGCAGUUUGUUUAUGACACCUCGGAGAAAACGCAUUUCCUCAACCCAUACAACCCUGGGAAGCACACAGCCAGCACCCACCAUUUGUCAGCGUUAGAGACCCCUGCUGGCCGCUCAUAUGUCUGCGAGGCUAAGCAGACACUCACCCUCAUCUCCAGUGACCACCAGAAGGGAGUGACUGUUGCCAUAAGUGACGUCCAGAUCCAGCCCUUCGACAUCAACUCAGAUUUCAUGUUCAGUGAAGCCUAUAAGUGCAUCACGGACCAGAGGGAACAGCUGGAGGAGACUCUUCCUCUGAUCCUGGGCUUCAUCCUGGGCCUCAUCAUUGUCAUCACACUGUCCGUCUACCACUUCCACCUUAAACUGACCGCUGCAGCUCAGUCUCAGCUGCCUUGCGACCGAUCCAUGUACAACAACAUGUAAGGAACUGGACAUUUAAACAGCCACUGUACCACAAAUCUCCCUGGUCAAGAGGAAUAUGUAAGAAAUCAGAUAUUAUCAUCACAAUAAUACAACUCCAUGUUCAAGGUAAUAGGACAUUGAAACAAGCACAACAUGAUGUUCAAGGUAAUAGGACAUUGAAACAAGCACAACAUGAUGUUCAAGGUAAUAGGACAUUGAAACAAGCACAACGUGAUGUUCAAGGUAAUAGGACAUUGAAACAAGCACAACGUGAUGUUCAAGGUAAUAGGAUAUUGAAACAAGCACAACGUGAUGUUCAAGGUAAUAGGACAUUGAAACAAGCACAACGUGAUGUUCAAGGUAAUAGGACAUUGAAACAAGCACAACGUGAUGUUCAAGGUAAUAGGAUAUUGAAACAAGCACAACGUGAUGUUCAAGGUAAUAGGACAUUGAAACAAGCACAACGUGAUGUUCAAGGUAAUAGGAUAUUGAAACAAGCACAACGUGAUGUUCAAGGUAAUAGGAUAUUGAAACAAGCACAACGUGAUGUUCAAGGUAAUAGGACAUUGAAACAAGCACAAUGUGAUGUUCAAGACAUUACAACCACUAUACUAUAAAAUCAAGACAUCAUGACCACUCUCCAUUCAAGGAUUGGACAUUAGAACAACAAUCAUUGACUACAAUUAUAACCGCAACGCUCCUGCCUCUCCAAAGUCAAACCAACGUGACUUCCCCUGCUCUGAACUUCACCAUAUAUUGGAGAGUAGGCCAGAACUUGAUGGAGGCCUAACUUGCAAUAUGGCUAACGUGAGAUAUGCUUUUGAGUAAAACCAUGCAUUGAAGUCAAUUGGAGACUUGCGCAACAUUUGAUUUACGCACAGAGAUUUUUCAGUUAGCAUUCCACCCAUAGAUGGUGUUCUGUUGUUUGUGUCCAUAAAUCGUAGUUAUGUGGAGAAGCCUGCAGUUUGUCAUUCCCCAUCCCCUGUCUCUCUCUGUCUUUCCUGUGAACACGCUGCAAAACAAGUUGUGAAAGUGGAGAGUGUUGUGCUUUGUGCAGGUGUUUCAACGACCUUCAGAAAUCAUGAAAAAUAAAUAAUUGCAGGCAGUGUAUUUACUUUGGUUUGAUGGAUCCUUUUCCAGAUCCCAUUUUAUGGAAUUAUAUAAAGAAAAAAUAUGAAAUAUGUAAAUAAAACAAAGAAAACAUGUUCUGUAAAUAACUUGCAAAGAAAUGAUGUAAUAAUUUAUCUUCAAUCAGAAUGUCAGAAGAACAAAGUGUAUCAUUGUGAAAGAAAUGUGCGAUAUUUAAGCUUCAAAAAUAAUAAAUGUAAAAUAUUUUCAGAAGAACUAUGCUGAUGCAAACUUUAAUGUUCACUGAAAUAAAUUUCCUAGGAGAUGUCCUAAACCUG